AUGCCUGGUUGUACGCGGGAAUGUCUUCUUUCGCUGAUCUGUGCCCUGUCAUUCGCGCUAAUCGAUUGCUUUGACAUUGGAAUAUCGACCAAGUGCGUGUCCGUGCCGAAAGAAAUGGGCUUAUGUCAGGAUGUCGGAUACACGGAGAUGAGGCUUCCAAAUCUGAUGGGCCACACGACACUCAGAGAAGUUAUCCCAAAAUCUGCUGAAUGGGAGUCGCUGCUUCGCACUGGCUGUCACACUCACAGCGCCACGUUUCUCUGCUCCUUGUUUGCUCCAGUCUGUUUAGACACGUUCCUCCAGCCUUGCAGGAGCCUGUGUGUAGCUGUCAGGGAUAGUUGUAGCCAAGUGCUUACCUGCCACGGACAGUCCUGGCCCGAUGCCUUUGACUGUGAUCGAUUCCCCGCCGAUGAGGACACCUGCCUCACAUCCAUCAGCACAGAAUCUUCGACUUAUCGAAAAUAUAAGGCAAAAUUGAUGGCCAUCUUUGCAGACAGGGACCUGAAGGUCCUGGUGGGCAGUAAGGUGCAGAGAAAAGCAGACCCCUCCAACAAGAACCAGCCGACAAGGCCACGACACCAGAGCCUGUCAGCUUAG